UUUCUGAGUUCUUCCGGUGUCACGGCCGCUCACGUCUAGCGUUGCUCGUUCAGAACGCCAGUGUUUGCCGCUUUGUAGACAAAAUAUAUUAUUUAAGUCUUCAUGAAAUACACAUCGUAAUUUGAUUUCAUGAACUUAAUGUGGCGUUGAAGACGAUACUCUCUGUCCAGAACCAUGUCGCUGUGGAGUCUCAGACCGAUGCUGACGUCUCUGAUCUCAGCCUCCCAGCUCAUUCCUGCCUGGACCAGACCCGUCCUCUCCAGAACCAUGGCUACCCUCAACCAGAUGCACCGCAUGGGCAAACCCAAACCCCAACACAAGACCUUGGGGGCCACCUUUGGCCGGCCGCAGCUGAAAGCCGUCGUACUGAAGACUAUGAUCCGGAAACCCAAGAAGCCAAACUCGGCCAACAGGAAGUGCGCUCGCGUGCGUCUGUCCAACGGGAAGGAGGCGGUGGUCUUCAUCCCCGGGGAGGGUCACAACCUGCAAGAACACAAUGUGGUGCUGGUCCAGGGAGGCCGGACUCAGGACCUGCCUGGGGUCAAGCUCACCGUUGUGCGAGGGAAAUACGACUGUGCACAUGUGGUGAAGAAGAAACGGUGACAACGCCACCAUGUGGCACCAGAGGACUAAACAUGUUCAUCUGUGUGAACUUGAAUUCAAGUGGUCACGUGACAUGGAGUGACAGACCACAGUGAAAUCUCAUUCUUUGUGAUCCCUGACCAAGGUUGAUGGUGUGGUAACAUGAAAUAAAGGUGAGGAAAGAGAA